UGGCAGGCUUUAAGUAAUGUGUCUGCAUACAGGAUUGGAAAGAAUGGAAGCAGAGCUGUAGAUUUAAACUUUAGAAAAGAUUUUUGGGAAGGAUUUAUUUUCUUAGGAACUGUCCGAUGAGCCAUCUAAGAACUAAUCUCUGAUACGACUCUAUCCCCUUCAGAGCAGGAAUGUUUUAGUAUAAUUGCUGGCACUGAUGUGAUAUAGGUAGUUCUGUGUAGAUUCACUUUUACUCACAAAAGGUUCAGGAGAAUUAUUUGUGUCUAGGAUUUAACAGAAACUUAAAAAUUGGAAAUCACAAAAUAGUUAUUGAUUGGUGACUUCAGUGAAGUUUUCAAUGAUUUUUCUUCUCUUUUUUUUCAGCGUAGGUUUGAACUUAUAGCCUAGAUUUAUUUUAAAAAUUUCAUGUUUAUCUUAAUUAAAGUUAUAUGCAAUGUGUGCAUACAUAGUUUCUGACUUUCAUUGCGCAUAUAUAUUGAGAAGAGUACAUACAAUACAGGGAGAGAAGUCCACUUGAAAAAGAAAAUCCACCUAAAUGUCCUAUUGUGUUGCAUUUGUCUUCCAAGGCUAUUUUUAUAUCAAAUAAUAACUUUAAAAUGCUACAAUUUGCAGCAUCCUCUCUGAAUGAGAUUCCUCCUUCUCUCUUUUCCUCUCUCUUUUUGUUUGGUAGGGACUGAACCAAUGGUCUCAUGCAUGCUAGGCAAAAACUAUACCACUGAGCUUCAUCUCAGUCCUGAUAAGACUCCUUCUCUAUAAACCUUUAACCUGACCCUGAGUUAGAAAUGUAUUGAUGUGUUAGAAAUUUAAUGUGAUGUGAAUACUGGAAAAAUACGGAAUAAAUUCCAUACAUCCAUAUGAAACGUACAUAUCUUUAUAUAUUUAGGAUUCAUAGAAAAUGAAAAAAGUAUUGCCAAGUAGGUACAAAGCAAGGGAUAUCAUAUUUUGGAAGCUGAGAAAGUAGCUCUUCCACUUAAUUUAAGUAGUGGGAGAAAGCAUAGCAGGGGCCCUUUAGAGACUCCAGGGACCUAAAUUCUUACUGUUCUAAUAGCUCCCAGUGUCUGCUGUCCAGUCUCUGGACAAAUGGACAUAGAAAGCACUGCAACAAGCUACAUGCAUGCUUUUCUUCCUUUUGACUUCACAGUUUUACUUAGAAUAUUGGCUUUUUGGGUUAAUUCCAAUGAUUCAGAUCAUAAUGUAAGCUCAUUCUUUUGGAGGCUGUGGGAAACAAUAAUACAAUAAAAUCUUUGACAGUCUAUUUUGUUAUAAAAUGUAACACUCAUUCUUAAAAGCACAACACUCUACUAAAAGUUAUGUCAACAAAAGAUAGUAUUACACACACACGCACACACACACACACACACACACACACACACACGAGUGCCACUUCAAACAAUAGUUUUAAUGAUACCAAAUUCCUCAAUAAAUUUUUCUUACAGUGACAUAAGUAUGUUAAUUAAAAACUUAGACCAUCAGUGAAAAGUGAAUGAGCAGAGACAAGAAGAAAAAUAAACUCUAGCCACAAAUAUUUGCUCAUUGUGGUACUUAUUUCUUUAGCCCAGGAGAUGAAAUUUCAGUUUGUUUAUAAGAACUAGCUAGUCCUCCCUCAGAUGACACAGUGGCUAUCUGAAUGUUUUUUGUAUGAAUGAAAACCUCGUGUCCCAGAGAAUAAAAAGACAAGGACUCACAUAGUCUCCUAUCAGGUUUCUGGCUUUUGUGGAUUUGGCAGUUUUUAGACAUGUUGAAAAUAUACACCUCAAAGAAGUAUGACUGUAGUCUCUGAGCAUAUUCUGUACAGCAGAUCUCUCUGGCAGUCAUGACUUAGCUAUAGCUUGUAGGGAGACACUUGGCUGGCCCGGUGCUUCCUGGUUCAUUAGCAUAGCCCAGCCCACUUCCAACACACGCCCAGAACUACCUCAUUAACCAUUAGGAAUGCAGCCAAAAACAUAAGACGACAGUGAAUAUAAAGGGAAUUACUGGCAAGGGAGCUGUAACCAUCUCACCACUGAACCCAUUACUUUUCCAAGAUCAGGAAAGUAUUACAUUAACAGGAAUCAUUUCUUAUUCAGAUAAGAAUUCAAGAAGUUGACUACUACAGGAAGGAUCUGAAAAAUGACGGGAGCAAAGAGGAAAAAGAAAAGCCUGCUGUGGGGCAAGAUGCACACCCCCCACUGUGAAGACAUUAAACAGUGGUGUAAAAGGCGCCUACCUAUUUUGGAAUGGGCACCACAGUACAAUCUGCGGGAAAACCUGCUUCCAGACACUGUGUCUGGGGUAAUGUUGGCAGUUCAACAGGUGACACAAGGGCUGUCCUUCGCUAUUCUUUCAUCUGUACACCCAGUCUUUGGUUUAUAUGGAUCUCUGUUUCCGGCCAUCAUUUAUGCCAUAUUUGGAAUGGGACGCCAUGUUGCCACAGGCACCUUUGCCUUGACUUCCUUGAUAUCAGCCAAUGCUGUGGAAAGGCUAGUCCCUCAAAGCAGCAGGAACCUCAGCAUGCAGAGCAACUCAAGUGUGCUGGGCUUAUCCGACUUCGAGCUCCAGAGAAUCGGGGUUGCCACGGCAGUUUCCUUCUUGGGAGGAGUGAUUCAGAUGGUUAUGUUUGUGCUGCAGCUGGGCAGUACCACGUUCCUAGUUACAGAGCCUGUGAUCAGCGCGAUGACCACGGGGGCCGCCACCCAUGUUGUGACUUCACAAGUCAAGUAUCUCUUGGGAAUUAAAAUGCCAUAUAUAUCUGGACCACUGGGAUUCUUUUAUAUUUACGCAUAUGUUUUUGAGAACAUCAAGUCUGUUCAGCUGGAAGCUCUGCUCUUAUCCUUACUGAGCAUCGUUGUCCUUGUUCUCGUUAAAGAGCUGAAUGAACAGUUUAAAAAAAAAAUCAAAGUUGUUCUUCCCGUCGACUUGGUUUUGAUCAUUGCUGCCUCAUUUGCUUGCUAUUGUACCAACAUGGAAAACACAUAUGGAUUAGAAGUAGUUGGACACAUUCCAAAUGGGAUUCCUCCGCCCCGCGCUCCACCCAUGAACAUCCUCUCUGCAGUGCUCACCGAAGCUUUUGGAGUUGCGCUUGUAGGCUACGUGGCCUCUCUGUCUCUUGCUCAAGGAUCUGCCAAGAAGUUCAAAUAUUCAGUUGAUGACAACCAGGAAUUUUUGGCCCACGGCCUCAGCAAUGUGAUCCCUUCAUUUUUCUUCUGUAUCCCAAGUGCUGCUGCCAUGGGAAGGACGGCUGGUCUCUACAGCACAGGAGCAAAGACACAGGUGGCUUGUCUAAUAUCUUGCCUUUUCGUCCUUGUAGUCAUCUAUGCAAUAGGACCUUUGCUGUACUGGCUGCCCAUGUGCGUUCUUGCAAGCAUUAUUGUUGUGGGACUGAAGGGAAUGUUAAUACAGUUCCGGGAUUUAAAAAAAUACUGGAAUGUGGAUAAAAUCGAUUGGGGCAUAUGGAUCAGUACAUACAUAUUUACAAUAUGCUUUGCUGCCAAUGUGGGCUUGCUGUUCGGCGUUGUCUGCACCAUAGCUAUCGUGAUAGGACGCUUCCCAAGGGCAAAGACUUUAAGCGUAACGAACAUGAAAGAACUGGAGUUUAAGGUGAAGACAGAGAUGCAUGAUGAAACCUUGCAACAGGUAAAAAUCAUCUCAAUAAACAACCCACUUGUUUUCCUGAAUGCAAAGAAAUUUAAUACUGAUCUAAUGAAAAUAAUCCUGAAGGAAAUUGACAGCAGUCAACCACUCGAUGAUGUCAGCAAGUGCGAACAGAACACCUUGCUCAACUCCCUGUCCAAUGGUAACUGCAACGAGGAUGUUUCCCAGCCCUGCCCCUGUGAGAAGUGUUCUUUGGUCCUGGAUUGCAAAGGCUUGACCUUUUUCGACUACACAGGAGUCUCUACGCUUGUUGAGCUUUACCUGGACUGCAAGAGCAGGGGUGUCGAUGUGUUCUUAGCCAAUUGCACAGCAUCCUUGAUAAAAGCAAUGACAUACUAUGGGAACCUAGACACUGAGAAACCAAUUUUUUUUGACUCAGUACCCGCUGCAAUAAGUACCAUCCAGUCAAAUAAGAAUUUGAGCAAGGUCAGUGAUCACAGCGAAGUCUGAGGCCCCCUGUGAUGAAGUGCACAUCUCAUCUUUAGCAACUGUUCCGAAGAGGCCAGAUAUUGGCAUUUUGCACAAAUUUUGGUGUAUGGAUGCUGCAUAUGGCCUCUAGUUCAGUAAGAAUGAUAUGAGUCAGCAACUGCAUAGCCAUUGACGAAGGCUUGCUGACCCCUUAUUUUUCUAAUCUUUCUUAAUAAACAGAUUCAUUUAGUUGUUUUUUAUAGGGAUCAAUAUGCAUGUAGGUUUAGCUUACUAAAUAGUAAAGAUGCUUUUAUGAGAGUAUUUUGUAUGGUCUUAUCUCUAUUUUGUUGUAAGCUAACAAGUGGAAGAACACUUUAAUUGGAAGUGGUUUGGACUAUUUAUAAGCCGUUCAUAAAAAAUAA